AUGUCCGCUUUUUCUUUGGCGUUGGCGGUGGGCUUCCCCCAGACACCACCACCCUUUGGAAUGGCCAACAGGGGACCUGCCUACGGCCUGAGCCGGGAGGUACAGCAGAAGAUUGAGAAACAGUAUGAUUCAGACCUGGAGCAGAUCCUGAUCCAGUGGAUCACCACCCAGUGCCGCAAGGAUGUGGGCCGGCCCCAGCCUGGGCGCGAGAACUUCCAGAACUGGCUCAAGGAUGGCACGGUGCUGUGUGAGCUCAUUAAUGGGCUGUACCCCGAGGGGCAGGCCCCAGUGAGGAAGAUCCAGGCCUCCACCAUGGCCUUCAAGCAGAUGGAGCAGAUCUCCCAGUUCCUGCAAGCAGCCGAGCGCUACGGCAUCAACACCACUGACAUCUUCCAGACUGUGGACCUCUGGGAAGGAAAGAACAUGGCCUGUGUGCAGCGGACACUGAUGAACCUGGGUGGGCUGGCGGUAGCCCAGAACAAUGGGCUCUUCUCUGGAGAUCCCAACUGGUUUCCCAAGAAAUCCAAGGAGAACCCUCGGAAUUUCUCAGACGACCAGCUGCAGGAGGGCAAGAAUGUGAUUGGGUUACAGAUGGGGACCAACCGCGGGGCAUCUCAGGCAGGCAUGACCGGCUAUGGGAUGCCACGCCAGAUCCUCUGAUCCCAUCCACAGCCCUGACCCUGCCUGCCGUGAAUGUGUGUGUGUGUGUAUAUAUAUGUAUAUAUAUAUUUUAGCAGUGACAUUCCCUGAGAGCCCCUGGAGCUCUCAUGCUCCCCUCUGCCAGGGUGGGGGCCUGGCCUGUCUCCUCUGGGGGUGCCUGACGGUGGCCUCCCCACUGUGCUUACUAAUACAUUCCC